CUUUGUGUACCUAUGAGAGGGGUGGGGCUGCUUGGUGGUCAAGAAGCUUUCUAGCCCCUUACAACAAGUGAUGAGUAACUGCUCAACAGGUGACUAUCUGAGUGAUGUGUGUGCGGUGAUUGUGAAACAAGGAGUGGGGAAGGCCAGGGCUGACAUACUCUCAAGACAGCUAGUCGCUAAUGGAGGAAGGACAAAAGAUAGCCUUGAUAGUACAGUGACUCACGUCCUAGUGGGUAACAAUGUCCGUUUGUCUCGUGUGCCACACUUGAUGAAACUAAAGCAAGUGCCUGACAAUGUUCUAGUACUGAGAGCUGAUUGGCUGAGUGCUUGUCUAGUGGAAGGACGAAAUAUUGGUCACGUUCAGUACAUCGUACCCCCGGAGUCCCCCGUCAAGAUAAGCCACACCCCCUCUCCCAUCAAGCCAUCACCCUCGACUACAGUAACUAAGAAUAAAGUGCCAACACCUUCAGAAUCUCAAUCAGAAAUUGUCAAAAUAGAACCAGAUUCUACCUCCACUCCAUUGGACGUACCUCAUGACCCACCCUCUACACCACCAGACACAUCACAUGACCCACCCUCUACCUCUAGCAUGACCUCCCCCAAGGCUGGCAUGUUCAGAGUGACUGACCGUCGCUGGAAGGUGCGGCUGGAACCACACAGAGCCAAGGGACGGUGGGAAGAUGCGGACUCUGAUAGUGAUUACUCAGGGGACGAGAUGGAGGAGACAAAGGAGGAGAGAGACAAGCGUGUGGAGUUUGCCAAGCAAGAGGUGGCUACCUCCUCCCUAGCCUUGAUCCCAGGCCGCACUGAAGGCCUUGUGAAGGAGGCUACCUCCUCCCCUGCCAAGAAGAAGGGACGGUGGAUUUGUGAGAUGCCGUCCUCAGAGAUCAAGGAAAGAGUCAACCUUAACAAACACAUCACUGACAAACUGGAGGAUCUGGUGAGUGUGUACCAGAAUAGUGGGGACAAGUGGAGGGCACUGCAGACCAACAAAGCAAUCCAGUCCAUCAAGAGACAGACCACAGAGAUCACCUCCUAUGAGGAAGCUCGAGACCUGCCGUUUGUUGGUGAGCGGAUAGCUAACAAGAUUGAUGAGAUUAUCUUCAGUGGUGGUCUCAGACGAUUAGAGCACGUGGACAAGGAGAAGGAGGCGGUCCUCACCACUUUCAUGAACAUCCACGGUGUAGGGAAAGUCAUUGCACACCAGUUCUAUGCUCAGGGCUACCGUACUCUUGAUGAGCUACGAGACAGUGGAGUGCUCAAUAGACAGCAGACGAUUGGCCUGAGGCACUUUGAUGACUUUAACGAGAGGAUGACUCGGGAUGAGGUGGCUGAGAUCGAGGAGAGGGUAAAGGAGUUGUGUGUGUCCAUUGUCCCGGGCAUAGAGGUGGUCACAUGUGGUUCGUAUCGCCGUGGCAAGUCCACCUGUGGAGAUAUUGACCUCCUCAUCACUCAUCCUGAUGGCCGCUCACACAGAGGAGUGUUUGAACAGCUGCUAAUACAGGGGAGGGAGGUGGGGUUCUUCACAGAUGACCUCUCUGUACAUAAUGACCCCGGGGGACAGUGCAAGUACCUGGGGGUGUGUCAACUCGGGCCAAAUAGGAAGUAUCGUCGUAUAGACAUCAUCCUGGUACCAUACAACGAGUUCCCCCUGGCUCUGCUCCACUUCACUGGUUCAGGCCACUUCAACAGAUCCAUGAGGAAUAAGGCCGAUAAGAUGGGAAUGUCCCUCUCAGAGCACGCCCUGUGUACUGGAGUCAUCAGAAAGAAUGGGGCUAAGAUAUUUGAUGGUACCCCCCUCCCUGUGACCUGUGAGAAGGAUGUGUUUGACUACCUCAACACAGAGUACAGAGUAGCCACUGAGAGAGACCACCCAUAAGCUAGAACUAGUGAGUAGUGCAAAUCAUUCUUGAACAUAAACAACACUCUGGAGUUAUAAUUUUGAUCACAUGCUUUGUUGCUCAAAUAUUCAUGUUUUAUUUCGGUUUGUUCAAACAA